ACCUGAAACUUGGUAAAAAAGUUAAUGAAGGUAAAACAAAAGAAGUAUACGAGCUGCCGGAUAUCCCAGGAUGUGUUCUCAUGCAAUCAAAAGACCAAAUAACAGCAGGAAACGCAGCCAGGAAGGACCGAAUGGAAGGCAAGGCUGCCAUUUCCAAUACCACAACUAGCUGUGUGUUCCAGUUGCUUCAAGAAGCUGGAAUCAAAACAGCUUUUGUCAGGAAACAGAGUGACACAGCAUUCAUAGCAGCUCACUGUGAAAUGAUCCCAAUUGAAUGGGUGUGCAGAAGAAUUGCUACUGGCUCCUUCCUCAAAAGAAACCCUGGUGUCAAAGAAGGAUAUAAGUUUUACCCACCCAAAAUUGAGAUGUUUUACAAGGAUGAUGCUAAUAAUGAUCCACAAUGGUCUGAGGAGCAGCUCAUUGAAGCAAAAUUCUGUUUUGCUGGACUUACUAUUGGCCAGACUGAAGUAGAUAUUAUGGCUCGUUCCACUCAAGCUAUUUUUGAGAUCCUGGAAAAAUCAUGGCAGCCCCAAAACUGCACUCUAGUAGACCUGAAGAUUGAAUUUGGUGUUAAUAUUCUGACAAAAGAAAUUGUUCUUGCUGAUGUUAUUGAUAAUGAUUCAUGGAGACUCUGGCCGUCAGGAGACAGAAGCCAGCAGAAGGACAAACAGUCCUACCGGGACCUGAAAGAAGUGACUCCCGAAGCACUGCAGAUGGUUAAGAGAAACUUUGAAUGGGUUGCAGAAAGAGUGGAGUUGCUUCUGAAAACAAAGAGCCAAGGUAGAGUUGUGGUGUUGAUGGGAUCUCCUUCUGACCUCAGUCACUGUGAAAAAAUAAAAAAGGCAUGUGCAACCUUUGGAAUUCCUUGUGAGUUAAGAGUGACCUCUGCUCACAAAGGGCCAGAUGAAACCCUGAGGAUCAAAGCAGAAUAUGAAGGAGAUGGAAUCCCAACAGUGUUUGUUGCAGUAGCUGGCAGAAGCAAUGGUUUGGGGCCAGUAAUGUCUGGUAACACUGCUUACCCAGUUGUCAACUGUCCCCCACUCUCAGCUGACUGGGGCACUCAGGAUGUGUGGUCUUCUCUCAGACUACCCAGUGGUCUUGGCUGUCCUACUACUCUGUCACCUGAAGGAGCUGCCCAGUUUGCUGCCCAGAUAUUUGGGUUAAACAACCAUUUGGUGUGGGCCAAACUGCGAUCAAACAUGUUAAACACCUGGAUCUCCUUGAAGCAGGCUGACAAAAAGCUUCGAGAGUGUACCUUGUAAGUCAUACUAACAAGUAACUUCUAUUAGUUAUGCAAAGAUAAUGGUGUGCUUAUUCAGUCAUAUUAGAAGUUACAUUUGAAUGAGCUCAAAGUCCUGCAUUCUUUGUUACAGAAGAAAGCAUUGUUAGAGCAGCAGAUGAAGUCUGUUGUGUCCUCAUCCUUCCCUUGUGUAUUUUUUUAAUAUAAACAACUUGGUAAAACAUGGGGAAGUAGUAUUUUAGGUAUCUCUUUCUGUUGCUCCAAAA